GGGACACCAUAAUAAGACGAUUAAAUUUAUGAAAACCGGAACUUUCAUGCAGUUGAAGUGUAAUUAAAAUUCAGCUCAUUAUGUGAUCUAGAAAAAAGAAAUCUAGAAGCCAGCUUUCCUGAAACUACUAGUAAAACUGAGGUAAGAUGGGUCAAGGCAACAGCAACCCUUUACGGGAGAACCUGGAGUCCCUUCACAACCAGCUGAUGAGACAAGCUGGCGCCGAUUAUGACAUAGCCACCACCACCACACUCACCUACGACCACUUCCUGGGAUACAUAACACAGCUGAAUCAAAUAUGCCGAGAGUACAAAGAUAGCGAGGGUCACGUCCUUGUAUUUGCCGUGAAGAAAGGCACAGAUUCCACCAUAUUUUGGAAAGCAACAGUUCGUAUUGCAUGCGUGAAACUCAAUACAGCAACGAAUAAAGUCCAGUCUUACAGGCUUCUCAAUAUACGACAAUUUCUACAGGUAUUCCGUCGUAUAACAUAUGAGUGCACAGGUGGCUCCUUAGGUGGUGUUGAAGGCAUGCUUGGUGUUGAUUCUGCAGAUGGCAGUUCGGGUGUGCGGAGCGAGGAAGUGUCUGUCCCUCCUACUAUGGCAGCGUCGAUGGUCCUAGGAAGGAUGCAGGAGCUCCAGGGCGGGACAGAGAACCCCUUGCAGGAGGAAGACCUGCGCAGCGACGGCGCCACGGGAACCUGCGGAACGAGUCUGGAGGAGUGCGUCAUCUGCCUGGAGAGACGACCUGACGUGAUCCUCCCCUGCGCCCACGCCUACUGCCUCCCCUGCAUCGAGCAAUGGUGGGAAUAUGCUAGCCCCUCCUCUCAAGAAUGUACUUCCAGCAGUGUUGUGUACUCCAUGUCUGUCGUGGAUAAGACGUGCCCCGUGUGUCGCGAGUCGCUGAAGAGCACAGACGACACUUGGGUCUUGUCGGAAGUGCCGGAUGACGACCAGGUCAACGAGGAGAUCCGCAGAACGUUGAUCGGCUUGGCGGGAGAUAAGGCUCAGAGUCCCAUGUAAAAGGCAGAAGGAAGAAAGGAAGAGAAGAGAGUAUUAAUGAACUAAGAUACAUAAGAGGAAUAGAAACAAACCGGAAUUGUAAAGAAAUGAUGAGGAAUUUCUUUUUCUUUGAAAGUGUAAAUAGCAAAUACAGUGCAAUUAAGUACAGAUUUUAUGAUACAUAAUAACUCCGAGUCAUUAUAAUGAGUGAAUAACAUUUUUUCAUAGAGAAUACCAUACUCCAUGAAAGGGUAUAAGCUAGAUAUUCCCGAUUUAAUAGAGCUGGCAUAAAAGAGGACUUUGAUUUUAAGAAAAAGAAGAUAUGGGUGUAAAAGUUCAAAAGUGUAUAGCAACACAGGAGAGCAAACAACAGCAAAGAAAAAUUAUACCAUACGUUUCCUGCAACCAUGAUUGAGGACUCUUAUAGGAUGUGUCCAAAUGUUGUGAUGUUAUUAACAGUGUGGAGAUGUGUGAAAUGUUUUAUUUGGAAAUAUAGAUAAAUAGAUGAGUGAAUAAGUGCACAGGAAAUAAAGGCUCUGAGUUUCAAGUGCCUCAAAGAAAAGUCUAUAAAUUGAGAAUCUCAGAAUUAUAGAUGUCAUUAUCGAUAUUAUUACAACUAUGAUAUGGACAAAAAAUGCUUUCCCAUUUCCCAAGACAAAAUCCAGCAGGUGAAGAUUAAUAAAACUAAUUUUCCAAGAGGUCAGUUGUUUAAUCCAUUGCUUCAAAAUCAUGCUAUGUUUGAGCUGUCAUAAUAACUGUGUAGUGUAGACUUAUUAUAGGGAAAGGAUGACACUCCAGAUGCCAAGCAAUCAGGCAUUAGAUUCUUUCAGGACUAAAAAUCAAAGGAAGAUGAUUCACAUAUGCUUUUCCUCACAUUACGUGUUUGUGUUUGUUGUUUUCCCUUAAUCAUGAGUUUUCAUUCUUGCUUCACUCUGGUCUGACACUUGUGUGAUUCAAACUUGUCGCUGUGAACUCGACGACGAAAAUUACUUUACUGGCUCAUAGUUUGCCUGCGGACUCUGCUAUGGCAAAAGUUAUUGUACUAUGAAUAUGUAAAUAUAUAUAUAUAUGCAUGUGUAUUUUUAGCCCCUUAUAUGGAUACAGUUAAUGGUUUUAUACAGAAUAAUCCAUUCGAAUGUAUAAUGGAAGCAUCAUACCAAAUACAUUAAUAUUACUUGUAAUAAAUAGUUUUAUUCAUCUAGUCAUGCAUUUAGCAGUUUAUGGAAAUCCAGUGUGUACUUUUCAAAUGAAGAGCUAUGGCAUUGUGCUUAUAAUUUGUUAUUCUGUAUUAUCAGACUCAGGAUUAAGCUGGAUAUAGUGUAUCUGCUUUAUUGAGAGUGUCUUCUUAAAUACAAAGUUUUAGGACAUCAGAUACUGUAAUGUCGAGUAAUGCUUUGUUGCAGUGAAUAUGCAGAGAAACUUGUUUGAUAGUAAGGCUAUAUAAAAAAAAAUAUUUGGAUAGUAUCAUAUACCCUUCAAUGUGAGCCAAAUCAUUUUCUUUAUUUUUAUGCCUUUUAUUUUAUUUAUAUAUAUUUUUUGAUGGGUUAAGAUCUAAACCCCACAGAUAGUUUACAUCAGUACUUGAUACAUACUGUUAUGGCUGAAUGAGAAGGAUUCUUAGCAUUUUUUGCAUAUAUAUAUUUUUUUAUUUAUUAUUAUUUUUUUAUGAGAUAAAGAUUUAUUUGGGCAAAGGGAAUGCUAACCAAAUGUUUUCUUUUUUUGUAUGGCCUAAUCAUGUGUCCCUGGAGAUAAGAACGCACUGUAGCUCUCUAUGCUUGAGGAACAGAUGUCUCUGAAGUACCUACUUAAAAUCACACUUCUUAAUUCCUUUGUAGUGGGCAUGGUUCAAACACAGGUUGAAAUUGUUGAACACAGUGGGGAAAGGAACGGCCCUGUGACUCCAAAAGUUAGUCUUUUUGUAUAUCCAAGGUUUCUUUGAUUUUGUUCUCUAGGUGAUAACUUCAAAGUGUAUAAAGGAACCUUGUAGAUGUAUGUAGUCUUUGUUUUGAGUAAGAUUUAUAUAUAUAAAGACUAAUUGUAAGUUCUGACUAGAUGUGGUAAAGAAUGUAAAACUGAUGAUUUAAAAGCAUCCACUGUAUCUAGACGUAAAUUGUGACUUUGGGGGGUAUAUAAUCUUUGCUAUUAAUGUGUUAUCUGUCAUUAAUCAAGAGAUAGAGAUGGUUUAUAUGAAUAAUAGUUGAUGUACUGAUUAUGUGAUAUGGUUUUAACAUGCUUUUUGGUCUUGUGGAAUGUUUAAAGGGAAUUGAAACUUAAAGAAGAUAUGAAUUGUUGUGUUCAUGAUUUCUCAACACACACAGGUCUCAUGGUUGCCGUGGAUAGUAGUAUUUAGCACAAGUGGAACAAGCAUUACAAAAUGUUACUUUGCUUUAAAGAAAUGUUGACAGAUUUUAUUAUUCUGUGGGCCUUUUAACAGCUUGACUACAAAUAUCUGUAAGGCAGGUAGUAAAUAAUGAGGAACUGAACUGUUUUAAUAAAAUUAAAAUUAUUUUUAUUUCUUUUUUUUUUUUUUUUUUGAUGGUGCCCCAGGCUUUGGUCAUAACACAGUAUUAUAUUUCUCCGAUACUAAUGAAUAGAUUAUCAGAUUAGAAAUGGUAACAUUAAAUAUAUAUAUAAAAGACAUGUUACAGGCUUUUUUUAAUUCAAGGAAUACAGAAAUUAAUAUUUAUUUAUUAUUUUCAAUAUGUUUAGUGAACUCUGAAGUAUGAUCAACCUGUAUAAGGAUGGUCUUAGCAAAAAGAAAUAUUUUUAAUCUGUUUAUUUAUUUAAUGCAACCACAAACAAGACAGUUCUUGAUGCACAAUAACGGUGAACAAAUCUGUCACUUCGUUAACAUGCCAGUGGAAGUAAAAAAUUGGUUCUGUGUAUCUAUGACAUGAAGGCAGCUAAAUGGAUUGUUCAUUUUGAAACAUUUAAUUAACGUAGAAAUGGAGGAAUUUUUAUGGUGAAUGGUAGUCAGGAAUACUAUGGCAUACUUUUUGCCCAAGUAAGUUUCCUGGAUACUGAUCACUUAACUCAAGAUUUUUAAGAGUAAAAAGAAUUAGUAGAAUUGAUGUAGUCAUUGCAAUAUGGAUGAGAAACAUAAUUUUAUAACCUACAGAUGGUAUUAGCUUUAAACAUAUUCCAGGAACACCUAAAUAUAUAUACAUAACCCCAAAUAGUCCCUACCAUUCUAUACUUAGUGCUGUUACUCAAAUUUUAAAAUCUCUCUCUUGCUCUCCUUCACUCCAGUAAUCCCAGAACCUUAGACUGUGCCAUACCCUCCUAUUCAUUGUAAGACAAUAAAGUUAGGUGUAUAUUGUAUUCUUUAACUAUUGCCUCAACCACACACUUAGGAUAUGCUAGAGGCAUUGUCAUCAGUUUCUACACAACAUGUAGCACUAAAAAGCUCAUGGUGGAGUUAUAUGGCAGGUAAUAUGCAAAGAAUUUUUUUUUAGGACAAAUGGAGACGAGUACUGAUGCUGAAGUGUAAGUUUCCAUUUACUGACCAGGGGACUGUGAAGUGUGAAGUGAUAGCAUUCUUGCACUUAUAUUUAUUGAAAGAUCAAGGUUUUCCAGUAAUUUAGUAAUCUGUAGAGAGUAUUUAUUGGACAUUUCAAACAAAAUGGAACAUUUGUUGACAAUCUGAAACUUUUUUGCUAUACAGAAUUAUUCUAAAUGUACACUCAUUGUACACUUCUGUUGUUGGGGUGUACUGUAUGUGCUUUAGUGUGGCUUAACAUAUUUUAAAGUUUGCAUUAGAUUAAAAAAAAAAUUAAACAGUAAUGAUAGACUAUGCUUUGUACCAUUUUAGAUCAAAGUAAGAAUUCAUGUGUAUCUUAAUUUCCUCUUUUAGAGCUAGAUUUAAAAUGCUUUUAACAUUGGAAUUCUUGAAGUGUAUUCAUUGCUUGAAGUUUUAUCACUAGGAAUGGAUAAGAAUUCAGUUCAGGGGUGCAGUUGUAACAGGAGCCUGAAAGCUCUGUUGUCCAUGCAACAUUUCAUGUGUUUUCUCAUAGCUGGAAGUGACUCGGAACAUGAGUGAAUAAAAGACAUUCUUUUGAGGGCAGUAUUAUGGACACAAAAUGACUCAGGGUGUACACAUGAACUCUUGUGCAUAUUUGUACACUCUUGCACUUAUACAAUUGAGUAUAUGUCAAGUAUACUGUAUAUUUAUGAUAUCGCUCCCUCUGUCUCAUAUUAAAGUUAUUUAUUUUUAUGUCUGUAAUUCAAAAAAUAAGAUGGCAGUAGGCUCAAACUAUAGCAACUGCUGAAUGCUAUAUACAGAACACAAAGACAUUUCAUUAUUUUAGUUCACUGAAUUUAUUCUUGCUGUAAGUGUUUAUUACCAAUAAAGUUUAUUACGGAAA